AUGAAAGUUUUAAUUGCUCUUUUUGUUUUGAUGGCAGUUGCCUUUACCAGUGCACACUACAGCUGUGGUGCCAACAUCUGCAAUCCAUAUUACUCAUGUGUUUUGGAUGGACAUGAUUACGGAUGUAUCUUUAGAUGUGAUCGUGUUACAUUGACACAAAAGAUUGUCAAACAAUGGACUGAUGACAACGGAAGCAAACCAUACACUCAAGUGGAAGUCACCAUCAGAAACAACGGUCCAAGAUCAGUCAACCAAGUUGUUAUCGGUGCUGCCGAUGAUGCAACUUCCAUCUGGAACAUUGCUGUUGUCGGUGCUGAUUUCACACUCCCAUCGUAUGCCUCAACAUUGGGUGCUGGUCAAACAUUCACUUUCGGAUACAUCAACAAAGAAUUUGAAAAUAAGAUUAAAAAAAAGAUUAGAAAUAAGAUGUUUAAUAAUAAUAAUAAUAAUAAAGAACAAACUUUAAUUGAUUUGGAAUGUUCAGAACAUAAAAAGGUGUUUGAAUAUAUAUGUUUAAAGUGCAAUAAUCUAUUUUGCUACCGAUGUGCCAAUAAUCAUACAAAAUCACACGCACAACACCAUUGUGAUCAUAUCGAUGAAAUCAAAUCACAUUUAAAUUCAACCAAUUUAUCUUUUAAUACUAAGAAUAAUAAUAAUACCAGUAAUCAAGAUAAUUACAUUCGAUUACGUAUCGAUAAUUUAUGGUUAAAGAUUAAAAGCUCAUCAAAACAAAUCGAAUCAUUUGAACAAAACAUCGAUGAAAUCAGCAAUCACUUUCAACAACUUCAUCAAUAUCUAAUUGUUGAAGAACAUAAACUAAAGAAACCAAUCAUUAAUAAUAUUGAUGAAUUAAAGGAGGAAAUCAAUCAACAACUUGAUCAAUUGAAAUCGAUCAUCAACAUUGUAGAUCUAUAUCAACAUCAUUAUAAUCAACAACCAAAUAAUGAAAAUGAUAGUAGUAAUUUAGAAGAUAUUGGCAAUAAUGAUGAUAUUACCGAAAGAUAUUCAAUAGAGUCAAUCAUUAAAAGCAUUCAAAUAUCACAAACAAUCAUUGAAUUUAUAGAUAGUAAUAAUAAAACGAUCUUUAAUCAACAUAACAAUAAUAAUAUGAUAAACUAUUAUAAAGAUAAUAUAGAUAACAUAGAUUCAGUCAUUCUGAUGUCAAUCAAAUUACAUAAUAAUAGAUUUCAAUCAAAGAUAAACAACAACAACAACAUUUCAAGCAGUAGCAUUAUAUCGAAAGUUAUUGCAACGAAACGAUAUGAUAACUAUUUGGUGACAACAAUGUUUAAAGAAGGUGAAAUCAAUUUACUUAACCAAUUACUACAACAAUCAAUAAUUGUAUCAUUGAAAUCACAAGAAACAACUUCAAAUAUUACUAAGAAAGCUCAUACCAACGAUAUAGAGAUUACAAAGCGAUAUAUGCCAGAAUUGUUUGAUGACCAUUGCUUUUAUCUUUGUAAAUUGGUAAUUGUUGGUGAUCCAAGCGUUGGAAAGUCUUCAAUCCUGAAAAGAUUCACAGAUGAUCGAUACGAUCCAUCGAUUCUUCUGACAAUCAAUGUUGACUUUGGAAUUAGAACGAUCGAGCAUGAAUCACUCAAAUAUAAACUGCAAAUUUGGGAUAUUGCUGGCCAGUCUGCAUUUAGAACUGUGACAAAUUCCUACUUUCUGGGUGCCAAUGCUUUUCUAAUUGUAUAUGAUGUCAGCUAUGAACGAUCUUUUAACAAUUUAAGAGAAUGGCUCACACGUAUUAGCAUCAAUCAAGAGGCAAUCAAAAUUAUUGUUGGCACUAAGAGUGAUCAUCCAAAGAGAGUGAUUCAAUACCAACAAGGCAAAGAGUUGGCUGACGAAUUGGGUUUGGAUUUCUUUGAGAUAUCAGCAAAGACUGGACAAGGUGUUGAUGCUGCAUUCACCAGUAUCGUUGAUAGAUUUAAACAUUGUAUUCUUGAUGAGCAUGGUGAUCUAAUAAGAGUAUUCGUACCAAAGCAACACAAGAGAGAAUAUAGCUACAGCUUUAUAAAUAAAUACAUUGGUCCAAGAUCAGUCAAUCAAGUUGUUAUCGGUGCUGCCGAUGGUACUUUGAACAUUAGAGAUGCCACUUCCAUCUGGAACAUUGCUGUUGUCGGUGCUGAUUUCACACUUCCAUCGUAUGCCUCAACAUUGGGUGCUGGUCAAACCUUCACUUUCGGAUACAUCAACAAAGGUACUCAACCAGCCAACAUAUCACCAAAUUCAAAAAUUUUUCCACAAACAAACAUUGAUUUUGAAAAUAAGAUUAAAAAAAAGAUUAGAAAUAAGAUGUUUAAUAAUAAUAAUAAUAAUAAAGAACAAACUUUAAUUGAUUUGGAAUGUUCAGAACAUAAAAAGGUGUUUGAAUAUAUAUGUUUAAAGUGCAAUGAUCUAUUUUGCUACCGAUGUGCCAAUAAUCAUACAAAAUCACACUCACAACACCAUUGUGAUCAUAUCGAUGAAAUCAAAUCACAUUUAAAUUCAACCAAUUUAUCUUUAAAUACUAAGAAUAAUAAUAAGACCAGUAAUAAAGAUAUUGAUAAUAAAGAUAAUUAUAUACAAUUACAUAUCGAUAAUUUAUGGUUAAAGAUUAAAAGUUCAUCAAAACAAAUCGAAUCAUUCGAACAAAACAUCGAUGAAAUCAGCAAUCACUUUCAACAACUUCAUAAAUAUCUAAUUGUUGAAGAACAUAAACUAAAGAAACCAAUCAUUAAUAAUAUUGAUGAAUUAAAGGAGGAAAUCAAUCAACAACUUGAUCAAUUGAAAUCGAUUACCAACAUUGUAGAUCUAUAUCAACAACACCAUUAUAAUCAACAACAACAACCAAAUAAUGAAAAUGAUAGUAGUAAUUUAGAAUAUAUUGGCAAUAAUGAUGAUCUUACUGAAAGAUAUUCAAUAGAGUCAAUCAUUAAAAGCAUUCAAAUAUCACAAACAAUCAUUGAAUUUAUAGAUAGUAAUAAUAAAACGAUCUUUAAUCAACAUAACAAUAAUAAUAUGAUAAACUAUUAUAAAGAUAAUAUAGAUAACAUAGAUUCAGUCAUUCUGAUGUCAAUCAAAUUACAUAAUAAUAGAUUUCAAUCAAAGAUAAACAACAACAACAACAUUUCAAGCAGUAGCAUUAUAUCGAAAGUUAUUGCAACGAAACGAUAUGAUAACUAUUUGGUGACAACAAUGUUUAAAGAAGGUGAAAUCAAUUUACUUAACCAAUUACUACAACAAUCAAUAAUUGUAUCAUUGAAAUCACAAGAAACAACCUCAAAUAUUACUAAGAAAGCUCAAACCAACGAUAUAGAGAUUACAAAGCGAUAUAUGCGAGAAGUCGAUGGCAAUUGCUAUUAUCGUUUUAAAUUGGUAAUUGUUGGUGAUUCAAACGUUGGAAAGUCUGCAAUAUGGAAAAGAUUCAUAGAUGAUCGAUACGAUCCAAAGAUUCUUGAAACAAUGUAUGUCGACUUUAGUUAUAGAACGAUCGAGCAUGAAUCAAUCAAUUAUAACCUGCAAAUUUGGGAUACCCCUUGCCACUUUACAACAGAUAGAGAUGUACAAUUCUUAAAGGGUACAGAUGCUUUUCUAAUUGUAUAUGAUGUCAACGAUGAACGAUCUUUUAAAAUUGGCAAUAAGAGUGAUCAUCCAAAGAGAGUGAUUCAAUACCAACAAGGCAAAGAGUUGGCUGACGAAUUGGGUUUGGAUUUCUUUGAGAUAUCAGCAAAGACUGGACAAGGUGUUGAUGCUGCAUUCGUCAGUAUCGUUGAUAGAUUUAAACAUUAUAUUCUCGAUGAGCAUGGUGAUCUUGUUUAUGUCAACGGUCUAAAAAAGAAAACUAACAAUAAUAAUUCUAAAGGUGGAAUUCUCUCUUUUCUUAAAAGAUAA